AUGGACCUCCGCACCGUCGUGUACAAUGCCGCCCGCGACGGCAAGCUCCAGCUGCUGCAAAAGCUGCUCAGCGGCCGGAGCCGGGAGGAGCUGGACGAGCUGACGGGCGAGGUGGCCGGCGAGGGGACGCCGCUGCUCAUCGCCUCCCGCUACGGCCACCUGGACGUGGUGGAGUACCUGGUGGACCGGUGCGGCGCGAGCGUGGAGGCGAGCGGCUCGGUGCACUUCGACGGCGAGACCAUCGAGGGCGCGCCGCCGCUGUGGGCCGCCUCGGCCGCCGGCCACCUGGACGUGGUGCGGAGCCUGCUGCGCCGCGGCGCCUCGGUGAACCGCACCACGCGCACCAACUCCACGCCCCUGCGUGCCGCCUGCUUCGACGGGCACCUGGAGGUGGUGCGCUACCUGGUGGGCGAGCACCAGGCCGACCUGGAGGUGGCCAACCGGCACGGGCACACGUGCCUCAUGAUCUCCUGCUACAAGGGCCACCGCGAGAUCGCCCGCUACCUGCUGGAGCAGGGCGCCCAGGUGAACCGGCGCAGCGCCAAGGGCAACACCGCCCUGCACGACUGCGCCGAGUCCGGCAGCCUGGAGAUCCUGCAGCUGCUGCUCGGGUGCAACGCUCGCAUGGAGCGCGAUGGCUACGGCAUGACCCCGUUGCUGGCCGCCAGUGUGACCGGCCACACCAACAUCGUGGAAUACCUUAUUCAGGAGCAGCCUGCCGGCAUGGAAGUGCAGCCCGGGCUGGCCCAAGAUGGCCCCUCUGGUCUGGGAUGCGAGAAGUCCCAGGGGGCCGGCGGUGGCCCUUCCUCCCCGGAGGAACCACUGAGUGAAACUUAUGAGAGCUGCUGCCCCACCAGCCGGGAAGCUGCUGUGGAAGCCUUGGAAUUGCUGGGGGCCACGUACGUGGAUAAGAAGCGUGAUCUGCUUGGGGCCCUGAAACACUGGAGACGGGCCAUGGAGCUGCGGCACCAGGGGGGCGAGUACCUGCCCAAACCGGAGCCCCCGCAGCUGGUCCUCGCCUAUGAUUAUUCCAGGGAGGUGAACACGGCCGAGGAACUGGAAGCACUUAUAACCGACCCGGACGAGAUGCGCAUGCAGGCCCUGUUGAUCCGAGAGCGCAUCCUGGGGCCCUCUCACCCAGACACUUCUUACUAUAUCCGAUAUAGGGGUGCCGUGUACGCCGACUCGGGCAACUUUGAGCGCUGCAUCCGCUUGUGGAAAUAUGCCCUAGACAUGCAACAGAACAACCUGGAGCCCCUGAGCCCCAUGACAGCCAGCAGCUUCCUCUCAUUUGCCGAACUCUUCUCUUAUGUACUUCAGGACCGGGCAGCCAAGGGCAGCCUGGGCACCCAAAUUGGCUUUGCUGAUCUCAUGGGGGUGCUCUGCAAGGGGGUCCGGGAAGUGGAACGGGCCCUGCAGCUGCCCAAGGAGCCUGGGGACUCUGUCCAGUUCACCAAGGCCCUGGCCAUCAUCCUCCACCUGCUCUACCUGUUGGAGAAAGUGGAGUGCACGCCCGACCAGGAGCAUCUGAAGCAUCAGACCGUCUACCGGCUGCUGAAGUGCGCCCCCCGGGGCAAGAAUGGCUUCACUCCUUUGCACAUGGCCGUGGACAAGGACACCACAAACGUGGGCCGAUACCCAGUGGGCAGGUUCCCCUCCCUCCAGGUGGUCAAGGUACUGCUUGACUGUGGGGCCGACCCAGACAGUCGGGACUUUGACAACAACACGCCGUUGCACAUAGCUGCUCAGAACAAUUGUCCGGGGAUUAUGAACGCCCUGAUUGAAGCCGGGGCCCACAUGGAUGCCACCAACGCCUUCAAGAAAACAGCCUACGAGCUGCUGGAUGAGAAGCUGCUGGCUAAGAGCACCAUCCAGCCCUUCAACUACGUAACCCUGCAGUGCCUUGCAGCCCGCACCCUGGACAAGAAUAAAAUCCCCUACAAGGGCUUCAUCCCUGAGGAGCUGGAGGCUUUCAUUGAACUGCACUGA